AUGAAGCUGCUACUUCCGAACCCUGGACUUGAAAGCCGGAUCCCCUCUUAUGAUGAUCUGGAUCAGAAGGAGAAGAAAGAGACGGAUGACAGGCCGAAAUGGGACAACAAAGCUCAGUACAUCCUCACUUGUGUGGGAUUUUGUAUUGGUGUGGGCAACGUGUGGCGUUUCCCCUACUUAUGCCAAAGCCAUGGUGGAGGAGCAUUUUUAAUUCCCUACCUGAUCUUGCUGGUGCUGGAGGGAAUGCCACUUCUGCUGUUAGAAUUUGCCAUUGGCCAGCGCCUGCGCAAAGGCAGUGUUGGGGUGUGGAGGUGUAUAAAUCCAUAUCUAACUGGAAUCGGUAUAGCAUCAAUGCUGGUGUCAUUGUUCAUAGGGGUCUAUUACAAUACAAUAAUGGCCUGGGUCAUGUGGUAUCUCUUCAAUUCCUUUCAAAAUCCACUGCCUUGGUCGCAAUGUCCUCUCAACGAGAACAGGACAGGUUUUGUAUCUGAUUGUCAACGGAGCUCAACUGUGGAUUAUUUUUUCUAUCGAGUGACUCUGGACAGUUCAACCACCAUUUCUGAGUCUGGCAAAAUGCAGUGGCCCAUGGUGGUCUGUCUAGUGGCAGCAUGGCUGAUAGUUGGUAUCUGCUGCAUAAGGGGCAUCAGCACCUCUGGAAAGGUCGUCUAUGUCACUGCUCUCCUUCCUUACGUCGUCCUCGCAAUAUUUCUGAUCCGGGGACUGACUCUAAAAGGAUCCCUGACUGGACUUCAGUAUCUCUUCACACCAGAUGUGGAAGAGUUAAGUAAUCCUACAACAUGGCUGGACGCAGGUGCGCAGGUCUUUUAUGCAUUCAGUUUGGCAUGGGGAGGCCUCAUCUCCUUCUCCAGCUACAAUCCUGUUCACAACAACUGUGUGCAAGACGCUGUGUUCUUGUCCAUCAUCACUGGCCUUACGUCAGUCUACGCUGCUGCAGUGACUUACACGAUCAUCGGUUUCAUGGCCACGGAGAAGUACGAGCACUGUAUCAACGAAAACAUCCUGACCUUGAUAAAUGCUUUCGAUAUUCCUGAAGACAGCAUAACUGCAGAGACCUUCAAGCCAGCAUAUGCCCAUUUGAACAGCUCGUACCCAGAUGUGGUGCAGGGGCUGGAUAUAAAGUCCUGCCACUUGCAAACAUUCCUCAGCCAGGGAGUGGAGGGGACGGGCCUGGCAUUCAUCGUCUUCACUGAAGCCAUCACCAAGAUGCCAGGUUCACCUGUCUGGUCGGUCCUCUUCUUCGUCAUGCUGCUCUGCUUGGGUCUCUCAACUAUGUUUGGCACCAUUGAGGCAGUGGUGGCGCCCUUGAAAGACUUGGCUAUAUUCCCGAAAAAAUGGCCUGUGGAGGCUCUAACAGGCAUCACAUGUGUUGUGGCCUUCAUCAUCUCCCUCCUCUUUGCACAACAAUCUGGGAUUCACUGGUUGACCCUCUUUGACAGAUUUGCUGGAUCGUUUUCACUGCUUACCAUUGGACUGUUCGAGAUGAUAGCAGUGGUUUACAUCUAUGGUAUCGACAGGUUUAACAGGGAUGUGGAGUUCAUGGUGGGUAGUAAACCAGGCAUCUACUGGCAGGUCACACUAAGAUUUGUCAGUCCUCUGAUCCUCAUGAUCAUUCUGGUUUUCUACCUGGUCACUCAAGUCCAACAGACGCCCACUUAUUUAACUUGGGACCCCAACUCUGAGGAGUUCCCGUUGCUGGCGUCAAUACCCUACCCAUCGUGGAUCAAUGCUGUUAUCUUUGUCCUUGCAGGUGUUCCCUGCCUAGCUGUGCCCGUGUAUGCACUGGGUAGACUCAUUUAUGUGCGUAACAAGAAAAACACCAGUCUGUCUGAAGCUUCCAAUAAGAUCAGCCACAUUACAUAG